UUGGCAUCUCCAAAAUCUUAGCAAAUCAGCUGUUCCAUUUAUACAAAUUAGGAUCCCUAUAUUUAACGAGAAUACAGCAACAAUGAGCGAGGAUGUAUGCAAUAUGUCGACCGAUUGGGAGAAUUUACUCGAUAUAGAAAAUAAAAACGGCAGAGUGAAGCACUCAGCUGAAAAAACUCCUUGGAAUAGCGCGCAAAUUACGGAGCCCAAGCGGAUGCCUGAAAAUGACGAUGGAAAAAUACAUCCCUUUGAUGCUAAAAAAUAUCCACUAGCUGAAAAAUUAUAUGCAGUGCUUAAGCCAUUUACUUACAACGCAUCCAAAUUACUAGCAAUAAAGGGAACAAAAACACUUUCUCCAUUGAAGAUUAUAGCACGAAAAUGUGUGCUUUCAAAAACAUCAACAAACCCAAACGCUGACAGUAAGGCGGUGGUGACAUCAGUAAAAAUACUUCCACAAAAUAUAUCCAGCGUUCUAGCAGCUUCGGACAAUAAUCAUUACAUGGCAGCAGGCGAAGCAAAUUCGUUAACUAUUCCUACCAUUAAUAAGGAAGAUUUACCCAUUCCUCCCGACCCUAAUACCUACAAUUUAGAUAAUGUACCAACGCUGCUGCGCGUGGAAAAGCGAAAACGGAAAGAAAACGAUUUUCAUGCAUCCGCCAGCAAACGUGCCAAAGGCACCGCCACUACAGCAAAACGUAUUGUUAAGGCUGAUAAGAUUCACGAUAAUAUAAAAAACCAAUUAGAUCCUGAAAGUGAUACUGCACAAUGUCAAGGGGAGAAUGAUGGGAGCAAGAGACUAAAAGCCGGUGCUGAAAGCAUAGAUAACCAGGCAGAUAUUGAAUCAGAUUUAGUUACAAACGCAGUCUUUAACAAGAGCAGUUGUGAUAGUAACGUAGUCGGCCGUCACCAAUUUACACAAACAGAAGACAGCGCUACGAAAAUGUUAAGCACACUUUGGGUAUUGAGGGAAAAGGUAAAACGACAAGCUGAAGAAAUAUUGUCCCUUAAAGCUGCUAUGAAGCUAUUUGACACAGAAAAUGUGAUAAAAAAAUUUAACUAAUUGUACUAAAUAUUGAGAUGCUUUAAACAUAAUUUGCCAUCGGAGUGAUACUGAUUUUUAAAACAAUAAAUUAAAG